AUGAUUGGCCGCUGUAUGCUGCGCUUCUGCCUCCUUGAAUGAGAAACAGGGGUAACCAGGCAACUUCUGAGCUGGAGACAAGAAGAAGCAGAAGACAGGGGAACAGAGGACAAGAUAGAUGAUUUCAGAGUGAUGGAAGAAAUUCUGACCAUGCAAAGAGAAAUGUCAUUGUGAUUUCACCUUGUGUGUCCUGUAAAACGGAACUAAGACAUGGAUUUUCUUAGACUCGCUCUCUCCCUCUCUCUCUCUCCCUCUCCCACCUUCACCAUGGGGGGAGAAAACAGAGCGCACAAAUGAAGGGGGACACAGAUGUGGAUUAAAACGCAUAAAUGGGACACUUCAGAGGAGCAUCCGUUGAGAAAAGUGCUGAACACUACAAACUGUGAUGGGUUGUCAAACUGCAUCUGAAGUGCUCCACCAAAGAAUAAUAUCCACCUCUCUCCUACUCUGAACAACAAUAUUUGAUUCAAUCAAUGUUGCAAGUCUCCCCGAGGGAGAUUGCUGCUGAGCAAUAGGUGAACCUUCAUAAAGAGCAACAGUGGAGACCAUGUCAUACUUGACCUUCACUGAGAAAACAGGUACACUCCAGAGGAUGCCAAAUCUGAUCUGAAGUUGCCCUCAAGAGGAUCGUUUAGCUCAUAAUUCAAUCAGCCCUUCAUGCUCUGCCUGGCAUUACUCAAACACCAUGGACCAGUAGUGACAGAGCAUAUUUAUUGAUGCUGGAUCUUCAUUUAUUGAGGAGUAGCAGACAUGUCACUAUGGAUUUGACUGAGAUUAUCUGUAUCAAAGAGCUACUGUGAGUAACACAGGAGCGAGAAGGGAGAAUCAAACACUGGGAGCUUGAAGGAUUAGCUAGUGCGCUGCUAACUCAUGGUGGAUCUGCUGUGAGCAGGACAAGGGACUCAGCGGUGGAGGAUGUCAGCAGAGGCCGAGGUCCAGUCGGGUGUCAAAACCAGCCAGCGAAAGGAGUCUAGGAGGAUCAAAGGUCAGGACCGUACUGAGGCAGGGCUUAUUAAGCGUUUCCGCGGAGAUGGCAUGCGCUACAAAGCUAAGCUGAUUGGGAUUGAUGAGGUGACAGCCGCACGCGGGGACAAGCUGUGCCAGGACUCUAUGAUGAAGCUGAAGGGAAUGGCAUCGUCAGCACGUUCCAAGGGAGAGCACAAGCAAAGAGUCUUCUUGACGGUCUCGUUUGGAGGGAUCAAGAUUUACUGUGAAAGAUCAGGGGUGCUUCUGCAUCAUCACUCAGUCCAUGAGAUAAGCUACAUUGCAAAGGACACCAGGGACCACCGAGCCUUUGGGUAUGUCUGCGGGAAGGAGGGCCACCACAAGUUUGUGGCCAUCAAGACUGCGCAGUCUGCUGAGCCUCUCAUCCUUGACCUGCGUGACCUCUUCACGCUGAUUUACGACAUUAAACAGCGGGAGGAGAUGGAGAAGAAGGCCCAGAAGGACAAACACUGUGAGCAGGCAGUCUACCAGACCAUCCUUGAGGAUGAAGUGGAUGAUCCGGUUUACCAGUACAUAGUGUUUGAGGCUGGACACGAACCCCUCCGUGGCCCCCAGUCAGAGGAGAGCAUUUAUCAGGUCCCAACCAGUCAGCAGAAGGAAGGGAUCUAUGAUGUUCCUAAACGCCAUUUCAUGACUAACAUCAACCACUUUGAUCUUUUCGGCGACAUGUCCACCCCUCCUUCGAUGCCCCCUUCACCUGCCAACACGCUGGACCCGAACAGGAGCAGCCGCCAGCAGCAGCACACCCCUGCGGAGCUGUACGCCCCCUUCAGCCCGACCUCUGUGCCGUCAGGUUAUAUGACCAUGGGGCCAGUUCAGGCGGCUCAGUGGGCUCAGCAGUCAUUUCCCACCCAGGCUCAGACACUGGCAUUCCCAAUGCAGGGCCCCCUCCAGGUAGCUCAGGUCCUCCCCAGUGGUCAGCCGAUCAUCCUGAGCCAGGCCAACAUUUUCCCCGCCACUCAGCAGCAGUGGGCAGCUAUGGCAGCAUACAUGCCGGCCCAGACGGUGGGCAUCGGGGGCCAUGCUAUACCAGCUGCCAUGCUCCAAGGGUUGCUACCCAUUACCACCGUGUGCCCCCAAACCUGCGACCUGUCGGCACCCUCCUCGGCCAUCACCAGCCCCCAGCACAUGGCCGACCCCGCCCUGCUCCAGAGGCAGCUCAGCCUGGGGAAAGAAGGAAUCGGCAUCGACUCGGAUGCUGACGAGGGCCCGUCCACAUUGGGAGCAGCAGGGGGUGGACCUGGUUCUGUCUCUGCAGGGGGGAGCAGGUCUGGAACCCCAGGUCUCAUGAGUGAGCCUGACAUGCUGGCCUGCAGCCAGCUGCUGCCACCGCAGGCUGCAUCCAACCAGGAGGAAGAAGGUAGCUGUAGUGACCUUGAUCUGUCCAGGAUGACUUUGAGCCCAGGAACAUCCACCUCACCAUCAACUGAAUCACCAUUAACACCUGCCCCUCAGCAGAGCUCGUCUUCAGACUGUCCCCCCUCCCAGGGCAGUGACCCCCUGACAGAUCACUCCCCAGUUGACCCAGAGGGACCCCCAAGCCACGCCAGUGAGGAACAAUCAGGUUCUGCUGCUGCAAAUGAGUUUGCCCAAACAAUAGCGAGCAAUGAGAACUCUGGUGUUCGUGAAGCCCGUUCAGUGGGUGAUCAAGUGGUAGUUCAACCGGUGGACUGUGUUUUAUCAGAGUGGAGCCGUUGGUCCCGCUGUGACACCUGCGCAAAGAAGAAAUACCGCUAUGCUAAACUGGAGCAGCCAUCUCAGUUUGGAGGAGAUCCAUGCUACCUUCAUGGCAGUCAGGAGGAGUCCUGUGCCGUUCCUGCUCGCUACACUUGUGAUAAUGUACCUCUGUGUGAGGGAUUCCUCUGCACGGAGACAGGUCGCUGUAUCCACAGAACCCUGCAGUGCAACGGGGAGGAUGACUGUGGGGACAUGUCUGACGAGGCUGGCUGCCAGGGGGUUUCCAAGCCCUGCAGGGUGGAGGCUGAAGAGUACUGGGGAAUUGAAAAUCUUGCCAAAGGAAUAAACGUGCUGAACAGCCACCUGGAAGGUGUGGUGCUCGAUAACAGAUACUAUGGAGGUGGCUGUCUGCCUCACUAUAUCCAGGAUGUCCCAUUCAGGAAGCCUUUCAACUUGCAACAGUACACGUUACAGACAAGAGGGUCGUAUGAUUUCACCCUGCAGUCGUUUGAGUCGUACUCUGACUACAUGGCAUACACUUUCAGGGAACGGAUGACCCAAACCUCCAUCUCCUUUGGCUUCGGCGUCCCAGGCAUUUUCAACUUCGAAUUCAAUUACAGCAAUUCUGAUUACAGAAAGUCAGUCAGCAAGAUUCGACGGGCCUCUGGAGUUAAAAACAGUUUCAUUAGAGCCAAGGCAGAGCUGGAGUUGGCUCAGUAUUUCCUGAAGCCCGAUGGCUUGGUGCUUCACCCUGAGUUCCUGCAGCGCCUUCGCUCUCUGCCACAGGCGUAUGUUUACGGAGAGUACAGACAAAUCUACAGGGACUAUGGCACGCACUACAUCACCGAGGCCACCCUCGGAGGAGACAUGGAGUACACGAUCAUCCUGAACAAAGAGAACCUAGAGAAGUCAGAUUAUAAUUUGGAGCAGUACAAGUCUUGCGUGCAAGCAGGCUUAAAGGUUGGGGUUACCAUUAAUGGUGUUCCAUUGUCUGUGGGCAUUGAAGGUGGAUCCUGUAAUGGCCUUCUGAAUGAAAUGGGAGAGGACACAAAGAAUGGGGCGAUGGUGGAGGACUUUGUUGUUGUCGUAAGGGGUGGAAGCAGCCAAUCGAUCACUGCUUUGUUGUCUCAGAACCUUCCCAGUCCACAGCUGAUGAGGCUCUGGGGUGAAGGGGUUCGUUAUAACCCAGACUUCAUUCGCAUAACAACCAAGCCGCUGUACGAGCUGGUGACUUCCGGAGACUUUGUCCAGGACGCCACCCUGAAGAGAAACUUGAAGAGAGCUCUGUCAGAGUACCUGGCUGAGACCAGCUCCUGUCGCUGUGCUCCCUGUCACAACAAUGGAGUGGCUGUUUUAAAAGGCACAAGAUGCGAGUGUGUGUGUCCUUCUGGCUACACCGGACGAAGCUGUGAGAUCACUUCCAGGCAAAAAGAGUUGGGCAUCGAUGGCAGCUGGAGCUGUUGGGGAGCGUGGUCCUCUUGCAGCGGGGAGCGGGCGACCCGAAGUCGACAGUGUAACAACCCAGCACCAAGCAGCGGAGGUCUCCCAUGCAGUGGGCUGCAGCAGGAGUCCACUGAGUGCUUUUAAAAUCACAGAUAUUAAAGAGGUCCAAGACUAAAAAAGUAUUCGCUAAAAAACAGAUAUCUGGCAUUGUGAUUUAUAUUUGAAUGCUUUGUCGCAUAUAAAGAAUGUCAAAGCAUGA